CACCUCUGUCUUUUCUUUCCUUCUUACUUUCUCUUCCCCCCCUUCUUCUCCCUACUUCCUCUUCUUUUCUCCUUCCCCUCCUCUCUUCCUCCCUCUCGUACCCUCACUCCUACUCUAAUUUCUCUUCCCUUCCUUCAUCCCUCUCUAUUGCUGUAUCCUUUUAUGCAUAUGGACUACUCAGAGGGCUGAAAAAGUUAUUUUUGACUGGUCCUCGCACUUUUGACCAGUCCUCAAACUUACGACUGUCCUCACAAUUUAUGUUUUUGUCCUAUCUUGUCACCAUGGUGAAGAGAAGCAGUUGUGAAAUGAGUGACACGGUUGUUAAGAAUGCUGCACAGGCAUAAAUGUGAGGAUGGUCAUAACUGCGAAGACCGGUCAAAUUAAUUAAUAGAAGGGGGGAAAAAGUGACCGCAUAGAAACAAAUGGGGUAGGCCAGGAACUAAGAUCCCUUUUUUAUGCAAUUGCUUUAUUUAAAAGAUAGAGGAGGGACAGAAAGUCUUUUCUUUCUUGAUCAGCUCUCAAAUUUUUUUCUGGAUUUGUAUGUUCAUAGGCUUGUGUAGGAGGCUAUAGAAAAAUUCUUUUUAAAGCUUCUUCAAGCACUGUUUGGUGUGGUAGCUGAAUUAUCUUUCAAUUCUGAAGUUCCUUUCUAUCUAAAUUUAGAUAGUCUUGUAAAGACUUCAUGCUAUUUUUUGUAGUAAAAACACAGAUUUGUCAGCUUUUUUCUAGUGGUUUCUUCUAGAAAGUUAUGUUUCCUUUAUAAAACAUUUUCCUUAUAGCUACAACAGUGAGAUUCAAUUAAAUUUUAUGGAUUUUUCCCCUAGGAUGUGGGUCUUGUUGCUCCUGAAGCACCUUCAGAACAGGCCAGGCGGGUCUUUCAGACAUAUGACCCUGAGGAUAAUGGCUUUAUACCAGAUCCUCUUCUAGAAGAUGUAAUGAAGGCCCUGGAUCUUGUAUCAGAUCCUGAUUAUGUUAAUCUUAUGAAAACAAAAUUAGAUCCAGAAGGACUAGGAAUCAUCUUACUAGGUCCCUUUCUUCAAGAAUUUUUCCCUGAACAGGAUCCAAAGAUUCAAGAGUCUUUUACUGUAUACCAUUACAAUGGAUUGAAGCAGUCUAACUGUAAUGAAAAGGUCAUGUAUGUAGAAGGUACAGCUGUAAUUAUGGGCUUUGAAGACCCAAUGCUCCAAACUGAUGACACACCAAUCAAGCGUUGUUUGCAGACGAAAUGGCCCUAUAUAGAACUGCUUUGGACCUCAGAUCGAUCCCCUUCAUUAAACUGAUGUUAAGAAGAGAAUUUGUAUUCAUCCAAUAUUUUGAAUGAAUGUGGGAUAUGCAGUUGACUGUAUCUAAAACAAACUUACUUUACUUUGCAACUAUACACUGGUAUCACUGAGAAAUUGUAAAUGGACACUUUUUCAGUGUUAGUAUUUUUUUUAAAGAAAACCAAUGACUUGAUUUGUAUUAAAAAUAAUUCCUGUUUGGCCAUAAUAGAAUAGGUAAAUGUGAGUUUGCAUCCAUAAGCCUGCUCAUUCAGCCAGAAAGGAUAAGGAAGUGAGCUGCUAUAUGGCAGCAUCAGCACAGUGGAUUAAGUUUGUCUUAAAUAUCAUAGUAUUCACUUGUUUCAUGCUUGUUCAGUCAUAUAGUUUAUUUUGAAUUAUACUGCCUUAGGGUACAACCUGUUUUGGGAGUCCCAAUGUUCAAGCCUCACUGAAACAUAAAGAACUAUAAAAAUAUCAGGUAAUACUAUUAUAUUGUUCUUAUAUCAGGAGGCUUUCUGCCAGGAAACUCAUCUAAUGGGUUGUGGCCUGUACUGGAAUAUCAUAGUUUGGGGAAUAGAUUAUAUUUGCACUAACUAUGCUUAGAUGAUAACAUCUCUGCUGCUUUUCUCUGAAAAUCUGACUCUUUAUCUAUGUAGCUUUUUUGAAAAUGAAGCAAAAAUGAUUUUUAGUAUGGCUGGUGAUAAAUGAUAAAUACUAUUUAUUGGAUGAGAUACCAUUCUUAAAGCUUACCUAUUAGUCAAAGCAGGAUUUAAAUAAAAUUGCAUAAUAAUAUCCUGAGUUGUAUAAAGGAUAUAUAAAAGCCUAACUGCAAAAAAGCGCUGUGAUUUUUGUUCAUAUUAUUAUUGCCAAAUACCUCUUCUCAAUAUGUAUUAAUAAACAUAUACCUAUACACUACUAUUCAUGUUAACAUGCAUGACUAAUCUGUUAUUCAAGUAGUAUAGUGUAUUUAUUAUCUAGCAAAGUCAAAAUUAAAAAAAAUAUUGUUCAAUA